AAGGGAGAGGGCUGAGGACUGCAGUGUGGCUGGCCAGUGUCACCCACCCCUGCUGCUCCCACCCAGCUGGUCUGGGGCCCCUGGUGACAGCUGUGCCCAUGUCUGCUUCAGCCCCUCAUAACCCAAAGCCACACCCCUGCUCCCAUCGCCAUGGCACCCCCAUGUGUCUGGUGGCGUUCUGGGUGCCAGCCCAUGUGCGCUGUAGGCUUCAGCCUUCAGGCAGGCCAGGGCACAGCCGGGCCCAUGUACCCAGCUGAUCUACAGUCAGUGGGCUGGGCUGGAGUGGCGCAUCUCUUUAAGGUGGUGACAUCACAAGGCUGUGGAAUUCUGGGGUCUCAGGCUGUUUCUGGAGGGUCUGGGAGCCCUGGAUUUCCAUCUCCAUGGGGCCGCAGGCCCGCACAUGCAUGAGCACCUAGGGCGACCACCAUGGCAGAAGGCAGUGAGCUGAUGAGCAGGCUCAUGAGCGAGAACGCGGACCUCAAGAAGCAGGUGCGGCUGCUGAAGGAGAACCAGAUGCUCAAGAGGCUGCUGAGCGAGAGCUGCCAGGACACCUGUGGCCACGGCGGCCGUGACCUCCUCUUCCCCAAAACCAACAUGUACCCUGAAGCCUGCUCGCCCGGGAGCGGAGUACCUGAGUUUGGCAGAUUCUCUGGCAUGCCUGAGGCACCGGCCCAGCUGCAGACGGCAUCUCUCGAGGACCUACUAUGCUCACAUGCACCUCUCUCCAGUGAGGACGACGCCUCCCCGGGCUGUGUUGCCACCUCCCAGACGCCCUUUAAGGCCUUCCUAAGUCCCCCGGAUCUGCGCACGCAUCCAGCCGCUGAUCGCAAGCUGUCCCCACUAUUGAGCCCCUCGCAGGACCCGCUGGUGGACAAGACCCUGCUAGAGUCCCGGGACAUGGCACGGCCCAAGAAGGUGUGCUUCUCGGAGAGCAACCUGCCCACGGGAGAUCGCUCCCGGCGGAGCUUCUACCUGAAUGAGAUCCAGAGCUUCGCAGGCGCUGAAAAGGAUGGCCGCAUCGUCGGGGAGAUUGCCUUCCAGCUGGAUCGCCGCAUCCUGGCCUAUGUCUUCCCGGGAGUGACACGGCUCUACGGCUUCACGGUGUCCAACAUCCCAGAGAAGAUAAAGCAGACGUCUGUCAAGUCGCUGGAUGGCUCGGUAGACCAGAAGAAGCUGCGCGAGCUGACACAGCGCUACCUGACGCUGACGGCGCGGCUAGAGCGGCUGGGCUACAACCGCGAGGUGCACCCGGUGUUCAGCGAGUUCCUCAUCAACACUUACGGCAUCCUCAAGCAGCGCCCCGACCUGCGCGCCAACCCGCUGCACAGCAGCCCCGCCGCACUCCGCAAGCUGCUUAUCGACGUGGUGCCGCCCAAGUUCCUGGGCGACUCGCUGCUGCUGCUCAACUGCCUGUGCGAGCUCUCCAAGGCUGACAGCAAGCCGCUCUUCGCCUGGUGAGCCCGUGCCACCCGCUCCGCCCGCUCCCCGGGGGCCACCAUGCCCCUGCUGCGCGC